AUAUCGCUGUGAUGCAGUCAAGUCAAACUGUCGAAAAAAUGUAAACAAACUAAACAUUGAUCGUCGAUAGAAUUUUGGCACGUUUUUCGGAAUAUUUUAUUCUAUCAUCUAGUAACAUGUCUAAAGUAACAAAUGUGAACUCUAGCCUUGCUUACGAAAUAUUGCUUUACCUGAACAGUUUUUAUUUAGGCAUGUUCUUCGUAUGUGAAGUGGCCAUGGGCAUUUUAAAAGCCAUCAACGUAUCCUACCCUGAAAACGCUUUGCUGACCGAAGCCGGGAUAUUUUGCGCUUUAUGCCUUGUGGAAGUCAUUCGUAUAUUCUUGGGCCGACGAGGCAAUUUAGCCAGUAAAAAAAUUCCAGUUUUCUUCUCUAUUGUGUUGACAAUACCAUCUGCAAUUGGUGUUUGCUACUUCCUUAUCUACCAGACCUACAUACUCCGCCUGGAGUACAUCUGGUGUGCUGUGAUGCUCAUGUUCCAUGGUCUGGAGCUAGCAUUUGCAAUCCUCUUCAUCUUCACCGCAUGCAAGAACAAGCAGUAUGAGUAGAAUAAGUGUGAGAGUACCUCACAAACAAAGAGAUACUGACUGCCAAAGUACUGACUGACCAUUCCAGAAUUAAAAUAUUUUCUUCAUUUAAGUAUAUAGUGUUGAAGUGUAAAUCUAGUCAAUGUAUUUCAGGUUAAAAAUAUAAGUAAAUAUAUUACUGUUCUCUCAAGAGACUCUGUAAAGUAUCAUUUUUGUUACAAACUAUGUAAAAUUUUUAAACAAUGCUUGUAGGUGUUAAGUGUAUAAUACACAUUGUUAUUCCUAGAAGAAAGACAUCCACUUCGCUAUUAGGUAAAGGGAGAGCAUUAGAUCCUAAAUAUGUAUGUCAAAUGUGAGAAGAAUCAUAUAUUUCCUGAUACUUGAUACCCAAUAUUCUACUUAAAACUGUGCAUUUGUUUAUAUAUAAAUGACAUGAACUUUUUUCUAUUUUUUAUCCAUAUACAAACAAAACAGUUGAAUAAAACAUAUGCAAUGCAUUUUGAGUAACAAUACCAUAGGGAUGUGUUUAUGUAUACCUAAGUUUAAAUUAGUAUUUUAAAGUAAUGCCCAGCAAAAUGUCUUUAAAAAUAAGGAGAAUGAUCUCAUUAACCAUUCCACAUAAUAAAAAUAAUUAAAUGUGUUAGUA